AUGGAAUGUUCCCAGCUUUGCAAAUGCCAAUGCUACGUCCGAACCGCCAGUCGGACGCCACGGUGGCUUCGUGAAACCCUCGGAGAGCUGUUCUAUGGCUACUCUGGCACACCCGUGUUGGGAAAACGACCUUGCAACUACUCGCAAUGCAAGAAGACAGAGUCGUCGUCAUGUCAUUUCACCUACUUCUUCCCCCACUGGGCGUUGUCCCGAGCAUUACAUGUGUCAAGCAAAUGGAAGAACAUCAGUGGUACAGGCAUAUCAUGGACGAUUAGGAUGCCGCGCGUGAUUAGUCCUGAUGCUAACAUCUGGAACAUCCUCCUCCAAGGUACUAUUCCACAGCUUCAGGACUGGAUGGCGCGUGGUCUGGGGUCAAUUUACGAUGUCAGUCCUAGAGGUCAAUCUUUGGCUCUUCAUUGCAUUCAGCGGGAAAACUUUGACAUGGUCCGUUUCCUUCAGAUACAAGGGGCAGACUUGACUUGGAAGAAUGAGGACGGGAGGAGAAAGAUUCUCUGGCCGAACGAACCGGGAGCCAAUGUCCGGGAUACAAUCUUGAACGACGUUAUGAAAGAGGGCGAAGAUCUUCUUGGAUUUAAUCCAUUGCAUCGAGCUGUUCAAGGCAUGUCCGGUCAAGACUUGGAGGAGGUGGUAGAGGACCAUUGGAAAGACGUAAACUCCCAAGAUAACCUCGAAAACACGCCACUCUGGUGGGCAGCUUUGAUGGACAAUCGGGAAGCGGUCGGAUUACUUUUAAAAUGGGGUGCUGAUACGGGGUUGAAUUGUUCUAGUGGGGAAAUAGCAUUGCAUGCCGCUGCUCUGAAAGGCAAUGUGGAAAUUGCGCGGCACCUACUCGAUGCGGGUAGUAAUGUUCAUGCAACCAAGACUGAUGGCGUGACACCACUACAACUGGCUGCGUUGGGUCCGAGUGCCGAAAUGGUCCGACUUCUGGUAGCCUAUGGCGCUGUCGUGGACAGUACAGGUACACAUGGCGCCGCGGGUGUGACUCCUCUGCACAGAGCAGCAAGUAUGGGUUACCCGGCGACGGUCCAAGCGUUAAUUGAUGCAGGAGCCGACAUGGAGUUGCCAUGGCCAGGGGGCAGCAGCUCAAUAGGUUUGGCAGCUACGGACAACAACCUCGCUGCUUUCUCCGUGCUCAGAGAUGCGGGGGCUAGGCUUGACUUUGUAUCUGACAACGGCGCAACACUUCUGCACGUAGCCGCAUUGCGCUCAAACUCUGCGAUGAUGCGGCUCAUCAGUCAGAGUGGGCCAGACAAAGUUCACGUUGACAUCAGCACUCCGGACAAUUUUGGCAAUACCCCGUUGAAUUGUUUCUUGCGUUUACGGGAAAGAAAGAUGCUAGACGAGAAAGAGUCGCAUGAAGAGAUUACUAGCUUUUACGAUAUGAUGGUUGCUUUUGGUAAAGGUCAAAAUGAGGAGUUGGCGAAGAUUGAGAAGGCAUUGUCUAAUGGAAUGGUAGAUCUAGGGCUGGCCACUCAAGGCUUAAGAGAGGUGGAGUACGGAAACGACUUUAAUGAAAGGGGAUCAGAGGAUGAUAUUGACAAGUUUAUCGACGCGGAGGAGUCGAUAUAUGAACGUAUAUAA